UGCUUUUUGCAGUUUCAAAAACCCACCAAUUAACAUCUCAGAAAAUUUUUAAACGUAUAGAUUUCGACUUAUUCUAUUCAAAAUUCAAAUUUCAUUACAGUUUUUUUGGCGAAAAAAAAUUGCAUUACAUAGGUUUAAACAUGUCUGAAAUCUGUUCAUUUCAUUCAUAAUUUCCGACAUCCUUACGCAGGUUUGAUGACUACCAUUGGAGAACACAACCCUACUAAUCUUUGUUCAUUCUAAUAGUUAAUCUGAAAAAAAAUUAAGUCAGCAAUUUUGCAUCUGUUAUCUGAAUUUCUUUUGGGUUUCGAAAGUUGUACUUGGUCACUCAAGAAAAAAAAUGAGGGGAGCUGUUUUCGUAGCGGUUGCUGCAGCUAUUGGGAACCUGUUGCAAGGAUGGGAUAAUUCAGUCAUUGCAGGAUCUGUUGUUUAUAUCAAAAAGGAAUUUGAAUUGGAAAGUGAACCAACAUUUGAAGGGCUAAUCGCAGCCUCAUCGCUCAUCGGAGCCACAUUCAUAACAACAUUCUCUGGACCGGCAUCAGACUGGCUAGGGCGGCGUACAAUGCUAAUCAUUUCAUCGGUUCUUUUCUUCAUUAGUGGUCUGGUAAUGUUAUUGUCCCCCAAUGUUUACGUCUUACUUUUCGCGAGGCUACUAGACGGAUUUGGAACUGGUCUGGCUGUUACACUUGUGCCUGCCUAUAUAUCUGAGAUAGCACCCCCUGAUAUAAGAGGACGGUUGAAUACCCUUCCACAGUUCACAGGCUCUGGUGGGAUGUUCCUGUCCUAUUGCAUGGUGUUUGGAAUGUCACUGAUGGAUUUGCCGAACUGGAGAUUAAUGCUAGGAGUUGUUUCCAUUCCAUCUCUACUUUAUUUCGCUUUGACAGUGUUUUACCUGCCCGAAUCCCCUAGAUGGCUUGUGAGCAAGGGUCGAAUCCUCGAGGCCAAACAAGUUCUGCAAAGACUUAAUGGCAGGGAAGAUGUUUCAGGUGAGUUAGCCUUGCUAGUUGAGGGUCUUAACACUGGCAAAGAGACAUCAUUAGAAGAGUUCAUCAUUAGUCCAGCCAAUGUGCUUACUGAAAAUCAGGCAAAUCAAAUACGGCUCUAUGGUCCUCAAGAGGGCUUAUCAUAUAUCGCCAAGCCUGCAACUGGACAGAGUCUAAUAUCUCACCAUGGGAGCGCGUUGAACCAAAGCAUCCCUCUCGUGGAUCCUCUGGUCACUCUCUUUAGCAGUGUCCACGAGAAGAUUUCCGAAAAAGGAAGUAAAGGCAGCAUGCUUUAUCCGAAUCUAGGUAGCAAUUUGAAUGUCGGGGAGUAUCAUAAUAAAAAUGCACACUGGGACAUGGAGAGCCAGACGGAUGAUGAGGAUCACGAAUCUGAAGCCUCUGGGGCUUAUUGCGAUGACAGCUUGAGAAGUCCAUUGAUUUCACGUCAAACAACGAGCAUGGGAACGCCUAGGUCUGGCGGUAGUGCUUUAGGUGUGAGAUGCUAUGCAAUCUUGAUGCAAGGAAAUGUAGAAGCUAGUGAGGCAGCUGUCAGUAGUAGUAUGGACAUAGGUGGAGGCUGGCAGCUAGCUUAUAAAUAUUCUGACCGAGUAGGUGAAGACGGGAAGAAGGAAGGAGGAUUGCAAAGAGUGUAUCUGCACCAGGAUAGUGCACUUGAGUCUCGGCCUGCAUCGGUUGUUUCAGUUUCUGGUGUAAGGCAAGAAAGUGAACUCAUUCAUGCUGCUGCUCUGGUUAGCCAACCUGCUGUUUCUGCCAAGGAACUAACAAGUCUGCGUUCUCUUCGAGCAGAAGUGGCUCCUCCAUCAGAAGCUGUUGUUAAAGGGCCGACAUGGGGAGAUCUUCUUGAACCGGGAGUAAAGCGUGCAUUAGUUGUAGGGAUUGGACUUCAAAUUCUUCAGCAGAUUUCUGGCAUAAAUGGUGUUCUCUACUACACUCCUCAGUUCUAUCAGCAAGCCGGGGUCUCCGUUCUUCUAUCUAAUAUAGGGCUGAAUCCGACAUCUGCAUCUCUCUUCUUAAGUGCCAUCACAACAUUCUUAAUGCUUCCUUGCAUUGCUACUUCCAUGUGGCUAAUGGAUAUAGCCGGCAGAAGGUCGUUGCUGCUCUCCACAUUACCAAUCCUGAUAUUGUCCCUCACUCUACUAGUACUUGUCAACAUUGUCAACUUGGGAACUGUUGUGAAUGCAACAAUCUCCACAGCAAGUGUUGUGGUCUAUCUCUGCUGCUUCGUCAUGGCGUUUGGAGUAAUCCCGAACAUUCUAUGCGCAGAGAUCUUCCCUACGCGUGUCCGUGGCCUCUGCAUUGCCAUUUGUGCCCUUGCACUCUGGAUUGGAGACAUCAUCAUCACUUACUCAUUUCCUGUCCUGCUCUCUUCUGUUGGAUUCACCGGUGUCUUCGGCAUCUAUGUUGUCGGGUGCAUCGUUUCCUGGAUAUUUGUUUACUUGAAGGUGCCUGAGACGAAGGGCAUGCCUUUAGAAGUUAUAUCCGAGUUCUUUGCUGCAGGUGUAAAACCAGCUACUGCCGAUACAUCUGCGGAUUCCAAUGAUAAGUGAUUUGAUUGUUUAGAGAGUUUGAAAGUUUGGUUUGGUUUUAGAGUGGGAUUAUGACUACAGGAUUUGAGUUGGAGAAAGUGCUUAUGAGCGGAUUGCUUUUUUUUGAAAGUGAUUUUGUAAUCAUCACUAUCCCUCCCUUAAUGCCGCACAAGUAUCUUUGAUGCCAAAGUAUCAAUUCUCUUGGGUCAUAGACUCUAAGGUGACAUGUUUUGUUCGACUGGUUGCACUUCUUAUAAGCUUCAGAAAUCCCUUCAAGCAUAUUCCAAAGUACUAAUUGAAGUUUAAAACAGCCUACUUAACCAAACGUGCAUCUCACCGUUUAAUACUACGGUGUAGUAGUAUUCCCUUUCAUUUGUAAAUGAGAGGUUUUAGGUUCGAUUCUCGCCAAAAACAAAUUUGAACCAUAUUAUUGCUAGCUCAUUGUGAGGUUAAACCCACUCACUUCUCUUUAGUGUAGAUAAUAUCGUUUGUUAAAAAAAAAAAAAAAAAAAACCCAAACUUGUAUCCCAUUAGACGGAUAUUAUUGCAAACACUCUUGUUAAUUAUAAUAAUCAUAUACCGAAUAACUGAAUACGGCUCACCAAAAUUCUUACCAAAGUAUUUAUUGUUAAUCAUGAAACUAAUCAAAAUCAAGUUACUCGUGAGUAACAAUUUUUCUUUUUA